GUGUCUCCGCUGGUUAUUACCACUUCUUUCCCCGGCGUGUCGUCAUUGUUUGCGCCAUAGCUGAAGCUUUUGGUUUCCGGGUCGCUCUGGCGCCACGGUUGCAGAGUCUCCAAGUCACUUGGUCCUCCCUGCACGUCACCGGCUCUUCAAUAUAAGCUUGACUCAAGCUCAACUUCAUCCCAUUCCUCUUCUUCCUCCCAUCAAGCCUGCCAAAAGCCCACCCAUCGACUCUGAUCUUCUUCACCACCCCAACACUCAGACCACGCAUCCUCAGUCCCCGCAGACAAACAAUCAACAUCACAAUGGCAACCCUGCACUAUCUCCCACCCGUUAAGCCCUCCGCAAUUGCCCUGGGCAUUGUCUUCAACCAAGCCGCCUCCGCCGCCGUGUUGGCCCCUCUAUUCGGUGACACCUACCACCGCGCUAAGGCUGCCGACAGCAAGGAAGAGUUCUUCAAGUCUAAGGAGACCGCCACCGCCGCAGCUAGCUGGGGUUCGUCUAUUGUUGGAUCCGCCGUUCAGACCUAUGGUGUCGCUGCCCUCAUCAAUGCCACCGGUACUCUGUCAUACAAAGGAGCUGCAUAUCUCGGUGGUCUGAUCUUCAUGGCUUCUUACAGCCCUUCGCUCGUUUCCGCCGUCGUCGUUGAGAACCGCCCUCUGGACACCGUCGCCGUCGGCGUUUUGACCCGCCUCUUCGAGACUGUCGGCUUGAGCAUGUUCCUUACAUACUGGGGAACUCGGACUAAUCCUUUUGAGUAAACCAACCACUGUCACAUGAAAUGAGAAAGUGGGUGCGAGGGAGGGGGGUGGACAGACGAUGAAUGCAACGAGGCAGACUAUAGGCACAUAGUGAAAGUCGGCCAUGCUGAUCACAAACGGGAGUUCGGAAAGGAAAGGGCAGCUGGACCCAUCAAUGUUUCCGUAAAAAUCAAUAUUGAUUGAAUGAGAGUUGCACUCUCUGGUGUCUCUCUGAUUGGCAGCAUUAUGUUCAGGCUGUCCUAGUCUCGCUUGUUGCGGGAUCUCCUUCAAGCUAUUUCCUGUUCUCGUGCGUUUCAGCCUUUUCUUCAA